AUGUGCAAGAACGGUAGAACACAACUGGGUACACAGAUCACAAAGUAUAGAGAUAUAUCAAUUAACCAGCCAGGGAUGUACUGUAUUCACAUGUCCACUGAGUUUAUGCAUGCGAUGUGGUCGUACUUAGCGAGGUGGUUGCUGGUGGUCGUCGCGGCCGGAGAGCCAAGCAGCGCCCUUGGAGAGCCGUCCAUCUACCUCCGGGUCGACGGCGAACCGAACUCCACCUACGAGGCCUUCGCCGCCGCCAGCCCCUCCACGUGCGGUGUCCGGUGCCGAAAUGCAGGUUGCAGAGUAUGGUCUUGGGCGCCCCAAGAGAAGCUGUGCAGCUUCCACGACUCCUUCCUACCCAGCUCCUUCCUGAGCCCCCAGGUCGGCGUGCAGACCUUCGUCGCUGCCGUGAGCAUGCGCGGCUUCUUGUACGUGCUCCUGGAUGUCGGCGCGCAAACCUGGCUCGAGGCGCGGGAUCUCUGCCUCAAGGUUAAGGGCAUUCUGACCUACAUCGAGGAUACUGAAUGGAUGCUGAGUGUAUUGGGUUUCUAUGGAACGGACGGAUUCUACUUGGGCCUAAAGAAGGAUCCCGACAACGAACUGUGGCUUGACCAGCAGGGCCAGAUCUUCGAAAACAGUUCCAUCCCGUGGGGGCCGGGAGAGCCAGACGAAGGCGAGUCAUGCACGGCUAUGUGGCCCACUAUAGGCGACGUCUAUUGCGAGUCCAUGUUCGCACUUCCCUCACUUUGUAUGAUAACGGAGUGAUAGUAGCGUGGGAUUUAUGAGGGAGAAGGGGAGAAGGCACAAAGGUAACAGAAAAAGAGAAAAGCAGUAUUUGAAACUGUUAAAGGUAUCAGCCAUCAAGAAGUUAAACAACCGAGAGCAUGCGCAUCCAUAAGUUAUCAGGCAAGGUCCUUUUAAUGUAUAACUGCUCUUUCUGCAAUUGCUCUGUGGCAAGAACGUGGGCAAAACCUUUUUUCUGGACCUUUCGUA